CCCCCCACACAACCUAAAUAUGAUCCACCCACUAAAAAGAGAACUAUCUCCAGUCCUCACGGAAAAACCCGACUCCAGGCUGUUCCCGUAAUUUUACAUCUCACCGCUCCACCCGCUCAAACAUUAAAUGAACCCCCGCCACCAUCCCCACCACCGUCACUCCGUCGCCGACCGUUCUCUUUCCUCUCUCAUCGCUCCUGAAUUAUAAAAAUAAAUAAACAAAUGAAAUUGAACAAACAUAAACAAUAAAAUCAAAAAACCCAUAUUCCUUAUCUCUCACCCACUCAAAAAAUACACCCAACAAAAUCGUAAAUCUCCCUCUCCUUUUCUUCUCGCAGACCACACACCUAAACUCACUCUCUCUAUAUCCAUAUACACACACAGAGAUACACGUACAAACACAAAUUCUUUACAUUUUUUUUUUAUAUCUAAUUUUUUGGGCAUUGUUGAAUUUUGUUAUUGUAACGAUGCGUAAAGUAGAUUAAAUACGGGAAAUGGCGCAGUACAGGCAAUCAGGACACCACUACAUCAACGGAGCGACGUCGUCGGACCACGUGUCUAUAGGGAUUCGUGCUUCUCCCUCUGCUUCUUCUUCUUAUCCUGCUGCUGCUGCUGCUUCUUCUUCUCAAUCGCAAUAUAAGCCAAUACGAGGUCGCCGAUCAGCGAGAUCCGAUAAGUCUCAUUGCUCUUCUAGCUUCUCGAUCGGCGCGCUUAUUGUUGUUCUUAGUCUUGUCCUUGUUGUUACUGUCUUAGCUUAUUAUUACAUCUCCGCUGAUAAUAAAGAAAUAAAUGAUCAUCAUGGUGAUGGCGAUGAUGAGGUGAAGAAUGAUCUUGAUUUUCUUACAAAUGUUACACGGACAGACACUGUUAAAGUCCUUGAGUUUGGCCAAGGUUCAGCACAUGGACGGGAUUCAAGGUAUUGGGAUAAGGAUGAUAGAAGAAGAGAUGGAGAUUAUAACGAGGAUGAUGUGGACCAUGAUAGCAAGGAAGCUGAAGAUGAAUCUACUGAAAAGGGACAUAAUCUUGUGAAGAUGAAGAAUGGAAAGGAGAAGACUUCGCAAAAUGAUCCUUCUAAGGGUUUAGAUCAAAGAGGAACUGGGCUGUAUAAUGAAGAUGGGCGCAAAGAAUUGAAAAUGUAUGAAGCAGAGUAUGAGGCUUCCCUAAAGAACGCUGGCCAAUCAAGAAAUAAAAAUGAGAUUAAACCUCGGGCACUUGAUGAUGAGGAGCAGAAUGAGGGAGUUGAUACUGAUAAUGAGUAUGAUGAUGGUAUAGACUCUCAUGAUCCUCAUGUGGAGGAUUAUGGUGAUUCUGACCAUGACAAUGGGCACCAAGCUUCUGUCAGAAUUUCCAGUGACGAAGAUGGUAGAGAGUUCUCUAAUUUCAAUGAUGCUGAUACUAAGGAUCAAAAUGUUGCUAAGGACAAUCAUGAAGUCUCUGAGAACAUAUCAGAUAAGUCUUUGAACAUCAGAACUUUGGACAAUGUUGAUAAUAAUUCUCAAGUUGGACGUUCAAGUAGUGGUCAAUCCACUACUAAAUCUAGGUCAUAUUCAAAAAAGAAAUCCAGGCACCGGAAAGGAUCUUGUGAGAUGAAGUUUCUAAAUUCUACCACACAGCUUGUGGAGCCAUUUGAAAGUCGAAAAUUUGCAAGGUUUUCCUUGCAAUACAGUGAAAAGGAGGAGAAACCCAAUGGUGAUUUACAAUGGGAGCCUAAAUUUGCUGGGCAUCAGAGCCUUCAAGAGUGGGAAGAAUCAUUUUUGGUACAUGAUCAAAAAAUAAACUGUGGCUUUGUCAAAGGUCCUGAAGGUUCCCCAAGUACAGGAUUUGAUUUGUCAGAAGAUGAUGCAAGUUAUAUCAGUAGAUGCCACAUUGCUGUAAUCUCUUGCAUCUUUGGCAAUUCAGAUCGCUUGAGGUCACCUCCGACUAAAAUGGUCACUCGUCUAUCAAGGAAAAAUGUCUGCUUUGUCAUAUUCGUGGAUAAAAUUACUCUGCAAACACUCUCUUCAGAAGGCCAUAUGCCUGAUAUAGCAGGUUUUAUUGGUUUUUGGAAGGUUGUGGUAGUGAAGAAUCUACCAUAUACUGACAUGCGGAGAGUAGGGAAAAUACCAAAAAUGUUGCCACAUCGGCUUUUUCCUUCUGCGAGGUAUUCAAUCUGGUUGGAUAGCAAAUUACGUCUACAAAUUGACCCUCUACUCGUUCUUGAAUAUUUUCUUUGGCGCAAAGGUUACGAGUAUGCUAUUUCUAAUCACUACGAUCGCCAUUGUGUAUGGGAAGAGGUUGCACAAAACAAGAGACUGAAUAAGUAUAAUCAUACUAUUAUAGAUCAGCAAUUUACUUUCUACCAGGCUGAUGGACUGAAAAAGUUUAAUGCUUCUGAUCCAAACAAGCUUCUUCCCAGCAAUGUACCUGAAGGGUCUCUAAUUGUGAGAGCGCAUACUCCAAUGUCAAACCUGUUUUCCUGUCUUUGGUUCAAUGAGGUUGAACGCUUUACUCCUCGUGACCAACUGAGUUUUGCGUAUACAUAUCAGAAACUAAGAAGAAUGAAUCCUGACAAACCAUUUCAUCUUCAUAUGUUCAAGGAUUGUGAGAGGAGAGCAGUUGCAAAGCUGUUUCGGCACAGGUCAGAGGAGAAGCGAAAUAGUCUCCGUCAACAAGCAGCAGAAUGAAAUGCGCCGAUUGUGUUUCAUGGGAAGCCUAUUCCUGUACAUCAUUCAUAGCCACUCCCAGAUAUAGUGCCUGAUGAUGGUAUAGAUCCUGCAAUGCAACCAAGAUAUGUUACCGAAAUUAUGGUUGUUGACAAGGUACUCCGGAUUAUACAAUCUGAACCUGAAGGAAAUACAGGGGAUACAGGAGUUACUUGGCAGUUCUUUCAUUGGGGUGAGGCAAUAUUGCUGGAUCCCUCCAACUCCAAUUAAAUACAGCUGUGUGGAAAAGUAACUAGCGAUCUACUUAAAGCUUCUUCAUUGUACCAAUUCAAUUCACUAUUCUUUGUUCCAUUUUGAGGCUAGCCAGCCAUGCACCCAAAUGCCUUUUGUACCCUCCCAUAUUGUGGAUUCUAUUAUUAUAAUUUUUUUCAUUAAAUGUCAGAUUUGGUUGUUUGUAACAAAAAUUUUGAUGGGUAAACAAGGGACGACUUAUAUUCCUGGCAA